UUGAGGCUGUUUCCUGUAGUCCUGUCACUGUUACAUGGGAGAAGAGGCUGAUCCCCACCUCACCACAACCUCACUUCAUGUUGUUGUAGAGAAUGAUGAGGUCUCCCCUGAGCCUUCUCUUCUCCAGACUGAACAAUCCCAGUUCCCUCAGCUGCUCUUUGUAGACUUGUGCUCCAGACCCCUCACAGCUUCAUUGCCCUUCUCUGGGCAUGCUCCAGGCCUCGGUGCCUUUCUUCUAAUGAGGGGCCCAAAGCACAGCACUUGAGCUACAGCCCCACGAGGGCUGAGCACAGGGGGAUGGUAACUUCCUGCUCCUGCUGACAACACUAUUUCUGAUACAAGCCAGGGAUGUACUUAUUUUUCCCUUCCUUAAAUGCUGUACUUACAGAGAAUGUAGAAUUUCCCUCAUUUUCAUCAGUGUAUCUUGCCCUAAAAAGCAGGGUAGGCUUUGAUUUGCUUAUUUUUCAUUUACUUAUUUAAGCUUAUUAAAAAAACAACAACAACAAAAACACAAAAAAACCCUCUUUUAGAUGCAUGUUUAAAUUCCUGAGUUGCAAUGCAAUUGUGAUUUUCCAUAUCCCCACGCUAGGCUUAAUUUAAGAUUCUUCAUUUAAUUUGAAAUUCAAAGAUGCUUUUGCAAGCUUUGGAGAGAAGAGAGCCAGUGUCAGAGGAAGUGCUGUUUAAAGAGCAGACAGACUUCCUUUUUGUCUUAUUUUGAGCCUGGGAACAUGCACAAGCACUUGGAUAUGCAGUGCAUCUAUUUAAACACAAAAUGAGAAAUGCUUCCAGUGGUCUGCAAAAAGACAGAGAGCAUUUCUUCCCAGCACCUGUUUUCAGUCAAGUUAAACGGUGUUCUCAUCUAUGAAGUCAUAAAAUAUUCUAGAGCUUCUGUAAUCCAGCAGUUUUUUUAUAAAUUGUUUAAACCUAACCUUAAGGAUUUCGGAAUUCGAGUAAAAAAUACUUCUUUCACAAAUUUCAAUGCUUGAGAUCUUCCUGGGUUAUGUAGAACAUGACCUUACCAAAACCAAUUCCCUGAACACCCCCAGGCCCCUUUGCUUUUCUCAGCAGUAUUCCCACAGUGCCCCUGGCACGUUGAUGGGGUUCAUGCUGGUUUUAAGAGCUUACAUAGCUGUGGGUGCAGCUGUAUUUUGCCUGCAUCCCCUGACUGCCUGGGCUGCCUUCAGAGCUGCUGGUGCAGCUUCUCCUGUAGAGCUGCAGGGAUUCAUACUGUAGUUAUAGCAGCAAUAGGGUAUGCUUUUCCAAAAAAAUUUCAUUGGUGUCACUUUUUUUUUUUUUUUUUAAAUGCAUUUGUGGAUUUUAUAACUUUCAGGCUGUUAAAAGUGUAAUUCCGUGUUUUUAGUGCAUUUGUGCUCAUUAAAACUUCAGGUAUGCUUGGGAAUGAUGGUUUAAUGAAAAGUCAUACUUCGGGAAUUUCUUUUUUAAAUAGUUAUUUAAGAUACUGGUGUCAAAAAAUGGUGAUACAGAUGAAUCCCCGUGGUCUGACUUGCACACUAUGUAAAACCAUGACAAAAAUGGCAUCAUUUUGAAGUAAAGGUCCAGAAGGGUUAUCAUGUCUACAACGAUUCCUUGUUGCAGUCCUUCCUGUCAGGAAAGCCUGAGCUUGGUUGCCGUGUCUGCUUUUCUUACCCCAGUGAUCAAGACAGAAUCUCUCUCUGUGGCAUUGCCUGUUCACUUGUCAGAUCUCUUUUGUGCCAUGCUAUCAGCUAAAACUUUUAUUUGUUUUUCAGGGUGGUUUUCCUUCUAGAGCAUGCUAUGAGCAUAAGGUGCAGUAGAUGCAGUUGAGAGCAUCACCUGCUUUGUCCUGGGUGCAAAAUGACUGCUCAAGUAACACUGGAGGAUGCCUUAUCCAAUGUGGAUCUCUUGGAAGAAUUACCAUUGCCAGAUCAGCAACCGUGUAUUGAACCUCCGCCAUCAUCUCUGCUUUACCAGCCAAACUUCAACACUAACUUUGAGGACAGAAAUGCAUUUGUCACUGGCAUUGCUAGAUACAUUGAGCAAGCUACAGUCCACUCUAGCAUGAAUGAAAUGUUAGAAGAGGGCCAGGAAUAUGCUGUCAUGCUGUAUACAUGGAGGAGCUGCUCAAGGGCCAUUCCCCAGGUUAAGUGCAAUGAGCAGCCUAACAGAGUAGAAAUAUAUGAGAAAACUGUGGAAGUGCUGGAGCCAGAAGUCACAAAGCUGAUGAAUUUUAUGUAUUUCCAGAGAAAUGCAAUUGAACGGUUUUGUGGGGAGGUGAGACGCUUGUGCCAUGCAGAGAGGAGAAAAGACUUUGUCUCUGAAGCAUAUCUGAUCACACUGGGCAAAUUUAUCAACAUGUUUGCAGUACUGGAUGAGCUGAAAAAUAUGAAGUGCAGUGUGAAGAAUGACCAUUCAGCCUACAAGAGAGCUGCUCAGUUCCUACGGAAAAUGGCAGAUCCUCAGUCCAUUCAAGAGUCCCAGAAUCUCUCCAUGUUCCUUGCUAACCACAACAAGAUAACACAAUCAUUACAACAGCAGUUGGAGGUGAUUGUUGGCUAUGAAGAACUGCUUGCAGAUAUUGUGAAUUUGUGUGUGGACUACUAUGAAAACAAAAUGUAUCUAACCCCCAGCGAGAAACACAUGCUUUUGAAAGUUAUGGGCUUUGGAUUGUACCUGAUGGAUGGAAGUGUCAGUAACAUCUACAAGCUGGAUGCAAAAAAGAGGAUAAAUUUAGCCAAGAUUGACAAAUUCUUCAAGCAGCUGCAGGUUGUCCCGCUCUUUGGUGAUAUGCAGAUUGAACUUGCAAGAUACAUCAAGACAAGUGCCCAUUAUGAGGAAAACAAAUCCAGAUGGACGUGCACGUCUUCCAGCAGCAGUCCCCAGUACAAUAUAUGUGAGCAGAUGAUCCAAAUCAGAGAAGACCAUAUGCGUUUCAUAUCAGAACUGGCUCGCUACAGCAACAGUGAGGUGGUGACUGGUUCUGGCCGACAGGAAGCUCAAAAAACAGAUGCAGAGUAUCGGAAGCUCUUUGAUCUUUCUCUCCAAGGCUUGCAGCUUCUCUCCCAGUGGAGUGCACAUGUCAUGGAAGUGUAUUCAUGGAAGCUGGUACACCCAACUGACAAAUACUCUAAUAAAGAUUGUCCUGAUAAUGCAGAGGAGUAUGAAAGAGCAACAAGAUACAAUUAUACUAGUGAGGAGAAGUUUGCUUUGGUUGAGGUGAUUGCCAUGAUCAAAGGUCUUCAGGUGCUGAUGGGAAGGAUGGAAAGUGUUUUUAAUCAUGCCAUUCGCCAUACCAUUUAUGCAGCUCUUCAGGACUUUGCCCAGGUCACUCUUAGAGAGCCACUAAGACAAGCGAUUAAAAAAAAGAAAAAUGUCAUUCAGAGUGUUUUGCAGGCCAUCAGAAAGACGGUCUGUGACUGGGAAGCAGGUCAUGAACCAUUCAAUGACCCAGCUCUAAGGGGAGAAAAAGACCCCAAAAGUGGCUUUGAUAUCAAAGUCCCAAGGCGUGCGGUGGGUCCCUCCAGUACUCAGCUUUACAUGGUGAGAACUAUGUUAGAGUCCCUCAUUGCUGACAAAAGUGGUUCCAAGAAAACCUUGAGAAGUAGCCUUGAGGGACCCACCAUAUUGGACAUAGAAAAAUUCCAUCGCGAGUCUUUCUUCUACACUCAUUUGAUAAAUUUCAGUGAAACCCUGCAGCAAUGCUGUGAUCUGUCCCAGCUGUGGUUCAGGGAAUUCUUCUUAGAGCUGACCAUGGGAAGAAGAAUCCAGUUUCCCAUUGAGAUGUCAAUGCCUUGGAUUCUGACAGACCAUAUUUUGGAGACCAAAGAGGCAUCAAUGAUGGAGUAUGUUCUGUAUUCUUUGGACCUUUAUAAUGACAGCGCUCAUUAUGCGCUUACUAAAUUUAAGAAGCAGUUCCUCUAUGAUGAGAUUGAAGCAGAGGUAAACCUGUGUUUUGACCAAUUUGUCUACAAGCUGGCAGACCAAAUAUUUGCAUACUACAAGGCAAUGGCUGGCAGCCUGCUUUUGGAUAAACGUUUGCGUUCAGAAUGUAAGAAUCAGGGAGCAACCAUUCAGUUGCUGCAGUCCAACCGCUAUGAGACGCUGCUGAAACAAAGACACGUCCAACUUCUUGGUAGGUCAAUAGACCUGAACCGCUUGAUCACUCAGCGAAUUUCAGCAGCUAUGUACAGAUCAAUGGAGCUGGCAAUUGGUCGAUUCGAAAGUGAGGAUUUGACUUCCAUUGUGGAGCUGGAUGGCUUGAUAGAAAUAAACAAAAUGACUCACAAACUUCUGAGCAGAUACAUGACCUUGGACAGCUUCGAUGCCAUGUUCAGGGAAGCCAAUCACAAUGUGUCAGCCCCUUACGGACGAAUCACUCUUCAUGUAUUUUGGGAACUCAAUUACGAUUUCCUUCCAAACUACUGCUAUAAUGGAUCCACUAACAGAUUUGUUCGGACCGUGCUACCAUUUUCUCAGGAGUUCCAGAGAGAUAAGCAGCCCAAUGCUCAGCCCCAGUAUCUCUACGGAUCAAAGGCAUUGAAUCUGGCAUAUUCAAGCAUCUACAGCAACUAUAGGAAUUUUGUUGGCCCCCCUCACUUUAAAGUCAUCUGUAGGCUUCUUGGCUAUCAGGGGAUUGCUGUGGUGAUGGAGGAGCUGCUGAAAGUCGUCAAGAGCCUGUUACAAGGGACAAUUCUUCAGUAUGUCAAGACCCUGAUGGAAGUGAUGCCUAAGAUCUGUAGGUUGCCAAGACAUGAGUAUGGUUCUCCAGGUAUCUUGGAGUUUUUUCAUCAUCAGCUGAAGGACAUAGUUGAAUACGCAGAGCUGAAGACUGUCUGUUUCCAGAAUUUGCGGGAAGUGGGAAAUGCUGUCCUGUUUUGCCUGCUUAUUGAGCAGAGCCUGUCCCUAGAGGAAGUGUGUGACCUGUUGCAUGCAGCACCAUUCCAAAACAUCCUGCCGAGAGUUCACGUCAAAGAGGGUGAAAGGCUUGAUGCUAAAAUGAAGAGACUUGAAUCAAAAUAUGCUCCGUUACACUUGGUCCCUCUCAUUGAAAGACUGGGAACACCGCAGCAAAUAGCAAUCGCAAGGGAAGGUGACUUGCUGACCAAGGAACGCCUCUGCUGCGGCCUGUCCAUGUUUGAGGUUAUCUUGACAAGGAUCCGAUCCUUCCUGGACGAUCCCAUCUGGCGUGGGCCCCUACCCAGCAAUGGGGUGAUGCACGUGGAUGAGUGUGUAGAAUUCCACCGCCUCUGGAGUGCAAUGCAGUUCGUCUACUGCAUCCCCGUGGGAACGCAUGAGUUCACUGUGGAGCAGUGCUUUGGAGAUGGCCUGCACUGGGCUGGCUGCAUGAUCAUUGUGCUCUUGGGACAGCAGCGUCGCUUUGAUGUGUUGGAUUUCUGCUACCACCUGCUGAAAGUCCAAAAGCACGAUGGCAAAGAUGAGGUUAUAAAGAAUGUGCCUUUGAAGAAAAUGGUUGAAAGAAUUCGCAAGUUCCAGAUUUUGAAUGAUGAAAUAAUUGCUAUUUUGGACAAGUAUCUGAAGUCUGGAGAUGGAGAGAGCACACCCGUGGAACACGUGCGCUGCUUCCAGCCGCCCAUUCACCAGUCCCUUGCCAGCAACUAGAUUUCCUCCCUAACGAUACUUUUUGCACCUGUUUAGGCUAAAAGUAUGAGAAAGGAGAAAAACAAAAUGCCAGCAGGUUGAAAAAAUCCUUUUAUCUGCCCUUUUCAGUCCGCCUGUGCCAUCUGAGUGGUGCACUGUCUUUUUCAGUCUCCAAGCACAGUAACUGUAUACAAUCCAUACUUAUUUUUCUAGACUAAAAUUUUAUAUACUUUGAUUAAAAGCCUGCAGCUGUAGAGGGUUUGUUCUUGCAAUCUCUUUGCAUUCCUUUUCUGAGGUGGCCAUCUUAGACCAGAUCAGAAUAAACAUUCCCUCAAGCUAUCAAAAUAACAGCUGUGGAGGGUAAGAAACUGGGUUCUGUAGAAAGAUUUAGAAACCAAUGCCUAAUUGUAUUAGAGCAUUAAUUGCUUAAUUAGCCUUUAUUAAAAAAACAACAACAACAACCAAUUCUGCAGCUGCUUUGUGAAUAACUGAUUUUUUUAGUUGACUGUUCUUUCUCUACACAAAACUAUUCUCUGUGAUCAGUAAUUAUGGAAAUGAAGGCUAACUAUAGGGACUGCUCUACAGUUACUUAAGAUGGAGGUGACUGAUAGUACUCCUGGUAUUUCUAAGUGGUAGAACUUUAACUGAUUAGAAUGAGAUCUCUACAUUUUCCUAGUAAGAGCUUCUUCCCCACCUUGUAUUUUGGUUGGAGAUACAAACGUGUUUACAAGUGAUAAGGAGUUCUUUUUCUCCUUGAGGAAGGAGAAAAAAAAUGAGCUAAAAUUCCUCACAAAACAAAAGACAGAGAUUUGCCAAGCAGUCUGCAAGUAAAUUUACUCUGAUGCAGGUUUUCCCAGACUGUCUGUGUUUGAGAUCCACUGUUCUGUCAAGUAGGCACACAUGGCUGCCAUGGUGUGUGGGAGAUGCUAGUGCUUGAUUCAAGCAUUUGUUCUUCUAGAUAAAGAAAUGUUUCUUAAAGAAAACUUUUUUUCCACAGUGGAGUGCCAGGAAGCCUACUAGUCAGUCAAACAUUCCCCUCUGCUUCAGGCUUCACUAAGGAAUUAAAGAAAUGCUUAAUUUCCUGAGAUCAUUACUGGUUUAGAGCUAAGUCUCAUAUACCUGAGGCUUCAUCUUAGCCCUGUGCUACAUAAACAGUUAAGUAAUAGAGCCUGGUUUUUGGCUUAAGAACUCUGUAAAAAUAACUAAUUGUGGUGUGAUUAAAGUAAAUUAUAAUUCUCACUGGUUAA